AUGGGAAAUACGUACUCUUUAUUCUUUCCGCCUAGUCCACCAUUUACCGAGGAGAACAUCAAAUCUCAGGAUGGCCGCGUCUUCGUCGUCACGGGUGGUUACUCAGGCGUAGGCUUUGAGAUAUGUCGAAUGCUCUACCAAGCAGGUGGAUCUGUAUACCUCGCGGGAAGAUCCCGAGAGCAAGGAGAAUCAGCUAUUGAGAGAUUGAAGCAACAAUAUCCCGACUCUUCCGGAACUCUUGUUUUUCUCCAGAUAGCCCUCGAUGAUUUGGAUUCGGUAAAAGCUGCUGCGAAAGAAUUCAAGUCCAAGGAAGCACGACUUGAUGUUCUUUUCAAUAAUGCGGGUGUGUCUAAUCCUCCUGCGGGUUCAGUUUCGGCUCAAGGAUAUGAACUCAGUAUGGCCACGAACGCUAUUGGGCCUUGGUACCUUACACAGCUUCUUGCCCCUGUUUUGAAAGAAACUGCCAAGAGUCAACCUCCAGCAUCAGUUCGUGUGACAUGGACUGCUUCGAUUGUCACUGACCUCUCUGUUCCUAAUGGAGGAAUCAACAUGAACGAGGUCCUCAACCCAACAAAGGAUCAACAGCUAAACUAUACAAACUCCAAGACCGGAAACUGGUAUUUGGCCAGUGUUUUGGCUGAUCAACUUGGACCUCAUGGCGUUCUCAGCGUCUGUAUCAAUCCUGGAAAUCUCCAGACGCCUCUUCUUCGUCACAUGCCGUCGUUUGUGGGCUGGGUCGUUGCACCGCUUCUUUAUCAUCCUAAGUUUGGUGCCUAUACGAACUUGUGGGCCGGGCUUUCAUCAGACCUGCAGAUUGAGGAUGGAGGUAGGUUCAUCUUGCCAUGGGGCCGCUUUCAUCCUAGUCCUAGGGCAGACUUGUUGGAGAAUUUGAAGACAAAGGAGAAUGGAGGAACGGGAACUUCUGCUGCGUUUGCCGAGUAUUGCGACAAAGUCAUCGCUGACCACCAGUGA